AUGCUUUUAUUAGGAAAAGAGAAUGUGGAUUAAUGUCAAACUUUGAUAUAAUCUUUCGCAAAAAAUAAUUCAGAAGAACAAACUAUGAGUUAAGUAGAAAUAGAGCAACCUUAUUUACCAUCCUUAUAUUUUAUUAUGUUGCAAUUCAAGUGA